UAAAUUCGUAAGCAUAAUUCACAACGUGUUUCAUAAAUUUCUAUUUUGAACUUGUGUUAUGUUAUUAGUGUAGUGAAGCAAUUAAAAUACUAGCUAUAGAAUAACGUAACGCGAUGGGAAAAUUCAACAAAAAAUUGGUUCAGGUUAAAUCUAUACUCCAGAAGAAAAAGGAUGUCGAGCCUAAAGUUGUACCUGGACCUUUUCCGAUAUAUCGAUCUACACCGGUGCAGCUGAAUGGACCAGAACCAGAUAGCUUUAAAAUUCCAUCCGCAUCGAAAACUUCUGAUCAAACCGAGUCAAAAACGAAACGGCCACAGAAAUAUGAUGAUAUCGUAGAUACUACACCGGAAAAAUCUAAAAAACUGCGAAAAGUUGCCAUCAGUCGAUUAAAUAAAAAGGAUAAGAAAAAAUUUCGUAAGGAGGAGCUUUUAACCAAGAUUAAACUUACCCAGACAGCUUUUAAAGAGGAUAAAGAAAAAAGAAAACGGGAGAAGACGGUUGUUACUGGCGAUUUGCGUCCGCUUCUAGAUGCCUUGCCAUCUCUAGACUCGUUAAUAAAACUGAAGUCCGCCAACGUGGUAAAAACCGGAGUUCCAGAAUACGAUCAAAAUAUAUCGAAAAAGAAACGACCUGCUCGUUUACACAAAAAGCGAGCAAAUAUCGUCAAACAGUUCAACAAAAUGAAUCAAGUAUUGAAUUCUAAACAGUUUAAAAGAAAUCCUAAAAAAAUGAUAGCGGAAUACAUACGAAACACGAGAAAAGAACAGCAACGAUUUCUGUUUGAAUCUGCUUAAUUUUUAUACGUUAUGCUAUUUGAGUAAGAACAUAUUAAAUCUUU